AUGGGUGGCGUCGAUUGCGGACGCAUCAGCAACGCUGAGAGCAGAGCAGGAGUGCCCGCAGUUCCGCUUCGACCACAAUUUCUAAGCUUCCCCGCUCUCCCCUCAUUUUCACCGCCCUCCCCUCAUCGUUUCCGCUCUCCCCUCAUCUUUUCCGCUUUCCCCUCAUCUUUUCCGCUCUCCCCUCAUCUUUUCCGCUCUCCCCUCAUCAUCCCUGCUCUCCCCUCAUCUCCCCCGCUCUCCCCUCAUCUUACCCUUUCACCCCCCAUCUUCCCCUCUCUCUUCCCAUCUUCCCCUUUCUCCCCCCAGCUUCCCCAUCUUACCCUCUCUCCCCCCAUCUUCCCCUCUCUCUUCCCAUAUUACCCUCUCUCCCCCCAUCUUCCCCCCUCUCUUCCCAUCUUACCCUCUCUCCCCCCGUCUUCCCCUCUCUCUUCCCAUCUUCCCCUCUCUCUUCCCAUCUUCCCCUCUCUCCCCCCAUCUUUCCCUCUCUUCCCCCCAUAUUACCCUCUCACCCCCAUCUUCCCCUCUCUCCCCCCAUCUUACCCUCUCUCCCCACAUCUUCCCCUCUCUUCCCCCAUCUUCCCCUCUCUCCCCAUCUUCCUUUCUCUCCCCAUCUUCCCCUCUCUCCCCAUCGUACCCUCUCUCCCCCCACCCCCCCCAGCUCCCCCUUCAUAUCCCUGCCACGCUCUCUUGUUCUCCCUUUUUGCACCUACCCUCAUCUCCGCUCCACUCACCCCUCGUUCCCCCUCUCUCCCCCUCCUCCCAUCUUUCACUUUUCUGACUCGACCCUCAUCUCCUCCCCUCACACAUCUUUCCCUCAUCUUUCCCCUGCUCACGCCUCCUCUCCCUCCCCAUCCACCCCUCAUCUCCCUCCCCUCCGCUAUCACCGGCCCCUCCUUCACCCCUCGUCUCCCGCACCCCCCUCCCCCCCCCCCUCCCCCCCCCCCCCCCCCCCCCCCCCCCCCCCCCCCCCCCCCCCCCGCCUCUCCUCCCCACAAUCUCUCCACCUUCCAUCCUCCUUGGCCCUCCCCUCAACUUUCCCCCGCUCGUCCCUCGUCUGUCCCCGUCCAUUCACUCCUCAUUCCCCUCCUCAUGUGUGACUGGUCAUGUGGUGAUUGGGAGCCAUGUGGUGAUUGGGAGGCCAUGUGGUGA